AUGAGCGAAAUCAGAAGAAAGCUUGUCAUUGUCGGUGACGGUGCGUGCGGCAAAACCUGUUUAUUGAUUGUUUUUUCGAGAGGCACGUUCCCACACGAAUACAUUCCUACUGUCUUUGAAAACUAUGUGGCCGACGUGGAAGUGGACGGCAAGAAAGUGGAACUGGCACUCUGGGAUACAGCAGGACAGGAGGAUUACGAUCGACUUCGCCCCUUAUCUUACCCCGAUUCCCAUGUGAUACUUAUUUGUUUUGCCGUCGACUCGCCCGAUUCUCUGGAUAACGUACAAGAAAAGUGGAUCUCCGAAGUGUUGCAUUUCUGUCAAGGUCUGCCCAUCAUUCUAGUCGCAUGCAAGAAAGAUUUACGCAACGACCCGCAAAAGAUUGAAGAGUUGCGACGAACUUCUCAGCGACCGGUCACUUAUGAGGAGGGUUUGGCUGUUGCGCAGAAAAUCGGUGCUUACAAAUAUUUGGAGUGUUCUGCGAAAAACAAUGAUGGUGUCCGUGAAGUGUUUGAGCACGCUACACGCGCCGCCCUGAUCGCCAACAAGGGAAGCGGUAAAGGCAAGAAGAAGUGCUGUAUCCUGUAA